GGUCACCGCUCCCCUUUUCCUAGGCCCUUUUCGCCCGAGCCCAGGUCCCGCCCGGGGCGGCCCCCUCUGACCCUCGGACGCCGAGUUACACAGUGCCCGAGCAAAGUCCCCGGGGGUGUGAACCCCGGUGUCCCGGCCCCUGGGCGGGGACGGCCGGCGGCGGUGCGGGACGCGGCGCGGCGAGCGCACACCCGGCUCAGCUGCCGACGCCAGCGCCGCGCGUCUCCCGGGGGCCGCCGCCGCUGUAGGCCCCGCGCCGCUCCCCUCAUAGGCCGCCGCCGCCGCCUCAGCCAUGGCGGAAGUUCAUAGACGUCAGCAUGCCCGGGUUAAAGGAGAAGCCCCCGCGAAAGCCUCCACACACAGACAUGAGGAGGAGCUGGGGAUGGCGUCGGCCGAAACGCUGACCGUGUUCCUGAAGCUGCUGGCCGCCGGCUUUUACGGCGUGAGCUCCUUCCUGAUCGUGGUGGUCAACAAGAGCGUGCUCACCAACUACAGAUUUCCCUCCUCACUAUGUGUUGGACUUGGCCAGAUGGUGGCCACAGUGGCAGUUCUCUGGGUGGGAAAAGCGCUCAGAGUAGUCAACUUUCCUGACCUUGACAGAAAUGUACCUCGAAAGACGUUUCCACUACCUCUACUAUAUUUUGGGAACCAAAUCACGGGACUGUUCAGCACAAAGAAACUGAAUUUGCCAAUGUUUACAGUUCUGAGAAGGUUCUCCAUCCUGUUUACAAUGUUUGCUGAAGGAGUUUUACUCAAGAAAACUUUUUCUUGGGGUAUUAAGAUGACUGUAUUUGCAAUGAUUAUUGGAGCCUUUGUAGCUGCCAGCUCUGACUUGGCCUUUGAUCUGGAAGGAUAUGUUUUUAUUCUGAUAAAUGAUGUCCUGACAGCAGCAAAUGGUGCAUACGUAAAACAAAAAUUAGAUUCAAAAGAGCUGGGAAAAUAUGGUCUGCUCUAUUACAAUGCACUGUUCAUGAUUCUGCCCACCUUGGCCAUUGCAUUUUUCACAGGAGAUGCACAAAAGGCAAUGGCUUUUGAAGGCUGGGCUGAUACCCUCUUUCUUUUGCAGUUCACUCUCUCCUGUGUGAUGGGGUUUAUCUUGAUGUAUGCCACAGUACUUUGCACACAGUAUAAUUCUGCUCUUACAACUACAAUAGUUGGCUGUAUUAAGAAUAUAUUAAUAACUUAUAUUGGAAUGGUCUUUGGUGGAGAUUAUAUUUUCACAUGGACUAACUUCAUUGGCUUAAAUAUCAGUAUUGCUGGGAGCCUGGUGUAUUCCUACAUCACUUUCUCUGAAGAGCAGCUGAGCAAACAGUCAGAGGCUAGCAACAAGCUGGACAUUAAAGGGAAAGGAGCAGUAUGACCAGUGGGUUGUUUCUGUUACGUAGGCCAAGUUUUCCAUCGGCUGGGAACUCUGGCAGUUCUUACAGAUCCUGAGUGUUUUGAUCAUGGAGAAAACACCAUUCCUUUGCACUUAUCCAAUCUGAGGAUUGAUUGCUGCCUUUUAAAAUUUUAUGAGAGAAACUUAUAAUUGACUAUUUUUAAUGUGCCAUUUGAAUUAAUUUAUAUCAGACUGGAAAAUGUACCAGGCUUUUUUAAUUUAUUUUUCUUCUGCCGACAGUGAAACAUCAGUGUUUUGAAAAUAUUUUAUUCCAUUGGUUGAUAACAAGGUGUCCCUGAGCGCUGUAUAUGUGAAGUGCUCCAGCUGGAGCCUCAUCAUUCAAAUCGUUGGCUGCAUUUGAGGGCAGCGUAGCCUGCCUUCUGCUGGAAAUACAGCCGAGCAUUUGAAGUUCUUCUUUCAAUUUAUUUCUCUACGAUGACAUUUUCUUCAUAUCGAUAGCUUCACUGCAUUUGCGAAAAUCGACUGUGUUGGCCCUAAAAAAAAAAGAAUACGUGGGACUUUGAAUUGUAUUGGUUUUUAUUUGGCUUGUCUGAAAAGUCACCGGAUUAAGGGUGCAUUCCUUGAAAAUACACUAUUCCCUUUAUUGUGUAGGAUGGGCAUAUGAUGAAGGGGUGGAGGAGAAGUAGGCCUUUUAAUCAUUUAUUUGUCUCUAUGAUUCAUUCAUUCAGCUUAAGUUAUUGAAUACGCAAUAUGUGCCAGACAUGGUGCUAAGUGCUUGAGAUACAUAGCUGUUUCUGGGUAGUUGAAUAACCUCAGUCCUGAGGUAGUGACUGAAAGCAUGACAGAGAACUUAGCUCUGUUGCUCCAUUUAGAAGAUGUUGAGACUAUGAACAAGUCACAGAAAGUUUUUACAAUUCUCAGAAACUACGUAUCUGUAAAUGAGGUUAGGAACACCUCCCCUACCUACUCUGCAGUGCUGAGUCCAGAUGCAACAGCAUGAGAUUAAAUGCAUGUGAAGAGCUGCCUUUUGUAAACCACGUAGCUCAGCUCCUCUUCUCUGAGAAAUGGCAGCAGGUAAGGUGACUACUAUUUGUUUCCCCAUGCUUCCCUCUUCUGGGGGUUGGGUUGCUAUUCUUUUUACUCUUUAAAUCAGUUUGACUAAGUGUUACCUUUUGGAAUGUAUUGGUUUGGGGACAAAGGCAGGUUACAUGUUUCUGCGUUCAGGCCUCAGUCUCACAUCACCUUUUUCUUUCUGUAAGUGGCAUGAGCAUAACUCCCUACUGUGGACACUUCCACCUACAUCUCAUGUCUCUUAGUUCAUUUAAUGAGCAGACAAGCUUCUCUUAUGAUCACUGCUGCAUCUGGGAGAAUAGUUGGAGAUGGGCGUUGCCUGGAUUGCCUCUUUGGGAAGGGGUCAAGGUACGAAAUUCAAACAGUCCUGUGAUUGGUUCAGAGACAUUGACUUGUGGAUGAGUGUUUGCAUGGGCCACUCUGCUGGGGACCUUUGCAGUGAAGCACAUUCUAUCUUCUGUGUCAUAAGGUUUGGAAUCCACUGGGAUCUGUUGACCUAAACAAUUAGCAUUUAGGUUUUUCAACAGGAGACCUAGACUGUUUUGUUUCUUUUUGAAGAUUUACAUUGAGGUCAUUCUUAUAUUCAUGGCUUUCCAUUAUUUUGGUUUGUUUUUAUUACAGUCUGACCAGUGGUUCUAGUCAUUAGAAUUGGCCUCAUGGCCCAAUAGUUACCAGCUCCAUGUAAGAGGUCCUUUGUCACACGUUUCUCUAAACACCUGAGAAAAUUCUAGUGGGAGAAUAGAAUAUUAUCUGUGUCAGGUGGUUCUUACUGUUCCUCUUUUACCAAUAAGAAAACUAGACUCAGAGAAAGAACGAGAAUUUCUAAUAGGUCAAAAUUCAUGUUUUAUCUGUUGCACCAUAUUGCCAUGAACUGCUCUUCUCUUCUGAGUGGAAAAAGGGGAUGCUAGCUCUUUCAAGGAGGCAAGUGGUUGACUGAAUGUGGAGUCAGAGAGGAAUGGACUUAGCAAUUUAUGCUCUUUAAAUGCCAGAGGCCUGCUUGGUGUCUCUCUUGGAAUAUGUCCGCCUACUUCAUCCCUCUAGAAUGCUUAAGUAAUGGUUUGUGUUCACUGUCUUCUUUUUAAAAUACCCACUGGACAUAGUUGUGGACAUUGUGAUGCAGGUGGUUCCACCUGCUUUUCAAAAAAAAGUCAAAAAUGAUUCUCAUUUUGAUGGUAAAUUUCAAAUGGGAAAUGAUUUUCUGUCUUAGGGAAAGCUGAUCACACUUCAGAAUGAUGAUUCAAUUAAUUUCCUGGUUUGCUACCUUAAGGUAGCUCCUUUCAGGCUGGAUAUUCCUGCUCCAAAUUAAACACGUGUGUCCAGGUUUAUCUCAGUUAAUGGUGUUUGUGAAUCUCUGGCAUCACCACUGUUUCCUAAACCUGUUACCUUGUUCUGUUAGGCUGCCACUUCAUUGUGAUAUGAGAUGUUUUAUGGUGUUUUUUGUUUUUUUAAGCUUUGUUUUUUGAAAAUACUUUUUAAAAAGAAAUCUACUGGUUAGAUUUAUUGUCUCACAAAAUGUUUGUAGAGAUUAUUUUGUUCAUAAAUGUUUCUCAUGCUGAUCAAUUGAUUUUUGUCUACAAAUGACCUAUCAAUAUUUUUUCAAUAUAGAUUCUAUUUACUAAAUGAUCAUUUUUGUUUUUUAAAGGUACUGAGGAUUAAGAUAUGUAAAUCAGGUAACAUAAACAUGAAAACUAUGUGCCUAAAUAUUUUUGUAAAGGUGUCAAAUAAAUACUUUUUCUGAAUACAUGUAUUAAAAAUUCCUUUCUAAGUGAACAAAAUGAUAACCGAAAGCCAUAAGUCUGCCCGCAUUGAAGUGGAUAGCAUCUAGUUAAUUGAACCCAAUAAGAGAAAAUACCAUUGUGAUAUUGUGAUUUAUAAUAAAAAAUAUAUAUUUGGUCUUGGUGCCAAAUCCUGGCACAUAACUCCUCAAAUUCUUGAAAUUUCCUAUAUAAGAAUUAUAGGAACAUAUUUUGUUAUAGUUUUGUUCUCAGUUCAUGAAAUAUCUUGAACCAAUAAAAGUGAAAUGGUUAUCACACCUGAGUUUAUAUUAAUGAAGUGAUUUUUGGAAAGCCCGUAAGUAUGGGGGCUGGUACCAAGAAAACCAACCACUGUUAUUAGUUUGGAACUUUUAGCACCCCCACCGGGAUCCCACCCCUGCUUCCCAGCUUCUAAGUAAGGGGACAGGAACUGGAGGUUGAAUUUAAUGGCCCAUAUGAUUUGUGUCAAUGCAUUAAACCUCAAAAAAAUCCCGGAACAGUGUGGUUUGGAUAGUUUAUUAGUAUUGUCUGUUCACAUGGUAGUACAACUUGUUUUCAGAACUUGCUCAUCUUAAAAAGCUGAAACCCAUACUCAUAAACAGCUCACCAUUUCUCCCUAGCCCCUGGCAACCAUGAUUCUACUUUUUUGAAUGUUACUACACCUUGUAUAGGUGAAAUCAUACAGUAUUUAUUUUUUUUUGUAACUGGUCUAUUCCACGUAACGUCCUGAGUUUUCAUCCAGUGUGGCAUGUCAGAACUUUAUAAGAUGGAAUAGUGUGCCAUUAUGUGUAUAUACCACAUUUUGCUUAUCCAUUUAUCCAUUAGUGGGUUGCUUCCACCUUUUGGUUUUUAUGAAUAAUGCUGCCAAAUGUGGGUGGCUUAGUCGAUUUGGGCUACUGCAACAAAUUAACAGUCACUGUGUGGCAGAACAUUUAUUCUUCACAGAUUUUGAGGCUCGGAUGUGAACAGCCAAGGUUCGAGAAGACCUGAUGCAUGGUGAGCCCUCCUUUCAGGUUUGUAGAUGUCCAUCUUGUAAGUGCACAUGGCAGAGAGCAGAGAGAAGCUCUCUUCUCUUAUAAGGGCACUAAUCCUAUCAUGAGGGUUUCACUCUCAUGGCCUAAUUACCUCCGAAAUGUCUCAACUACAAACACCACCAUAUUGAGGAGUAGGAUUUUAAUAUUAAUUUGGGGUUGGGGACACAAAAUACCUUGUAAUAGAUGUACAAGUAUGCAUUCAAUUUCCUUUGGGAAUUGCUGGGUCAUACAAUAAUUCUAUUUUUCGUUAUUUUUAAGAACUGCCAUACUGUUUCCCAUCAUGACUGUACUAUUUUACAUUCUCACCAAGGGCCACAUCCUCACCAGCACUUGUUUGUUUUAUUAAUAGUAGGCAUCCAAGUGGGUGUCAGGUACUCUCUUCUUGUGGUUUUGUUUGUAUCAGUGACUGUGACUAGUGGUAGUGAACAUCUUUUCAUGCUUGUUGGCCAUUUAUAUAUUUUCUUUGGAGAAAUGACUAUUCAAAUCCAUUUCUUUAAUCAAGAUUUAUUUUACAUUCUGAAUUCUGACACCUUAUCAAAUACAUUAUUUGUAAGUAUUUUCUCAUUACAUAGGUUGCCUUUUCAUUCUUGUUUGAUGCAGUUUUAAAUUUUAAUGUAGUGCAAUGUAUCUAUUCUUACCUUUCUUGACCUUGAUUUGGUAUCAUAUAUAAUAAUGUCUUACAAAGCUUAACCCUGUUUCCUGAAAAGGUUUUUUUUUGUUGUUAUUGUUUUUUAUUGAGGUAAUGUUGGUUUACAACAUUGUGUAUGAUUUUGGAGUAUAUAUUCAUACCUCUUUAGAUGUUUCCAUACCAUGCCCAUUGCUGUUGUAUGUGUCUUUAUAUUCAUUCAUCUUCAGGUGUGUUUAAAUUUCUCCUUUGAUUUCUUCAUUAACUAAAUAAGUAUUCAAAGGCAUGUUGUCUCCAUUAUUGAUGGUUUUCCUUUUUUGUGGUUGACUUCAAGUUCAAAACUGUUGUAAUCAGAGAAGAUACUCGAUAUUCCAGUUGUCAUACAUCUGUUGACACUUAUUUUGUGACCCAACAUGCGGUCUACCCAUGAGAAUGUUCUAUAUGCAUUUGAGAAGAAUGUGCACUCAGCUUUUCUGGGAGGGGUCUAUUAUUGUCUGUUAAGCCCAUCCGGUAUGCUUGUUGAUUAACUGUACACUGAUGUAAAGCGGGGUGUUAAGGGCUCCACUGCUAUUGUGUUGCUUCUUAAGUUUAGUUCUUACAUCCAUUUUUAUUUAAUUUUUUUGCAUGUGCUAUAUGAAGUGAAUAUCCUUUUUUCAUGACAGCAUUUGUUGAAGCGACUGUAAGGCAUGUGUUUUAAUCAGCUUUUAAAAAUUCUCUUAGAAUGAGACUCUUCUAAUUUGUAAGAUAGCUGCUCUUUCGACUUUUACUGAUUUCCUAUCUAGCCUGACUUCCUUGCAGCACAGCGAGGACUGUCAGUGGGCAACACCCACAGAAGAGGCACUGUUGAUGGCAGCAGAGCAGAUCUGGUGCCUUUGUGCAUCCACAGCAAGUUAUCUGGUACGAGGCACCCCCAGGACUACUUCCUUAUAGUUCUCAUCGCUGGGAGAC